AUGAAGGUCGUGCCACAUCCAUCGGAUCAUCUGUGGUUUGUAUGCUUUGUAGGAGUUGAAGAUGCUGCUGCACUUGGAGUGACAAAGAGCCUUGCUUCUGCUCGUUGUGGCCCAACCUUCCGCCACGACCAAAAGCAACUUCCCUUGUGGGCAUUCCUUCAAACCUUUCGAGAAACUCCUCUAAUGAUUCCAGUGGAACACACAUUGAAUCUCAGUCUUCAACAUUAUUGGAUAAUGCAUUCGGAGAUAGAAUAUUUUUCUAUGCUUGUUGCUGGUGUAAGCAAGGCAGCUCUAAAUGCACUGCCAUGCCUCAACCCGAUGAACCCAACUCUAAUGGCUAAGACUAUCCUUCGCCAGGCCACUGCCAAUAAUAUGACCGCUCCCAGCACCUCAGCCAAAAUCUAG